AUGGCUUCAGCUUUGUGGGUUUGUGCUGUUCCUGUCUCUCAUGAUAGACAGAUUACACCAUUACAUCAGAGACUGAGUCGAAGUUUUGAGGACGGGAAAAUUGCUGUGGCAGUAUCUUAUGCUAAACUAGUCGUGAAGCUGAUGGAUAGUUUGCUCAUGGCAGAGAAGGGCAUAGUUGAAACAAAUAAGGAGCUGAACACCCAGAAAAUGGGAGCAUCCUUGGUCCACAAAACUGAUACUUUCAGAGAUAUGGACAAGGAUUUCAAACCAUCAAGUGACUUUUUGAUGCUUCACACAAAUGUGUUUCAGUCAGGUCCUGAGUUCUUGUACCACUGA